AUGAAUGGCCUUAAAGCUUUAAUUUUGCAAGAAACUCCAUGGGCAUAUUCUAUUCAUUGUUUUGCACAUCAAUUACAAUUGACGCUUGUAGCUGUUGCUAAAAAACACAAGGAGGUUGAGACUUUCUUUGCUAUUGUUACUAACGUGUUGAAUAUAAUUGGAGCUUCUUUUAAGCGUAGAGAUCAACUUCGGGAUCAUCAAGCAGAAUUGUUGGAGCAAUUGUUAGAGAGUGGUGAAGUUCAAAGUGGGAAAGGAUUAAAUCAAGAGCGGGGGCUUCAAAGGCCAGGUGACACUCGUUGGGGAUCACAUUGUAAAACAUUGGAUAACUUUGUUAUUUUAUUUUCUUCUAUUGUUCAUGUGCUUGGGGUGAUUGAAUGUGAAGGUGAUGUUAAUGAUAGGUUGCAAGCAGAAGUUUUUUCUAGUAAAAUUAAAGCAUUUGAAUUUGUUUUCUUGCUUCACUUAAUGUUGAAAGUAUUGAUAAUGUCAAACGAGUUGAGCAAAGCAUUACAGAAGAAAGAUCAAGAUAUUGUCAAUGCCAUGGUAUUUCUUGAUAUCACAAAGGAAAGAUUGCAAGGAAUGAGAGAUAAAGGAUGGGAACCAUUGAUGGAUGAAGUAUAUUUAUUUUGUGCAAAACAUGAUAUUUUGGUGCCCAAGAUGGAAGAAUUCUAUAUUCCUGGAGAGUCGAAGCGUAGGCCUUCUAGUGUUACUUAUUCACAUCACUUACGUGUUGAGCUUUUUUACGCCGUGAUUGAUUUGCAACUUCUGGAGCUUAAUAGUCGUUUUGAUGUUGUGAGUAGUAACUUGCUUCUUGGUAUGGCUAGCUUGAAUCCGACUAACUCAUUUGCUAAUUUUGAUAAGGAAAGAAUAAUGACGUUGGCCAAGCAUUAUCCCGAUGAGUUUGGUGAAUUGAAGCUUCGAGAUCUUAGUCGCCAACUUGACACUUUCAUAUGGCAUAUGCAAUAUGGUGACCCUAGGUUCUCUGAUUUGAAAGGAAUUGGUGAUUUGGCGAAAGCAUUGGUUGAAACAAAUCUUGUGGAGACUUAUUCACUUGUUUAUUUGCUUGUGAAGUUGACUUUAAUUUUACCUGUCGCAACUGCAACGGUGGAAAGAGCAUUCUCAUCUAUGAGUACAUCAAAGAUGAAUUGUGUAGUAGUAUUGGUGAUGCAUUUCUAA